AUGGCCGUCCACGCCAUGCUCCUCCUCCUCCUCACCACCCUUGUCCCGCGCUCGGAGGUCAAUUCGACCUCCAGCCCGAUUAUCUACGAUCCGUCCAACGGGUACUCAAGGGAGGUGGCGCUGGCGCCCGACGUCGUGUACCAGACCCAGCGCACGGCGAACUUCGACCUCACGUGGAUUCAAGUCCAUCUUCCAACCACAUCCACACGCAUGGAGCUGGUCGCGGGAACGGCCGGUCCGAAUCAACACACCACUCCGACGGUGUUACGUACGUACGUCCACCAUGCACCCGCACUUGAUCAUCCUCGCUUGCUCCGUUCCGUUGGGAUCGGGGGCACAGCACCAGCACGACUCCACUGCACAAACAAAUUAAUGGCCGUCCAGGCCAUGGUCCUCCUCCUCCUCGUCACGGUUAUUCUCCCGCGCGCAGCCCUCGCCGCCUUCUCCCCGGACUUCUCAUUCUUCCUCGCAUGCGGCGCAAACUCCUCCGUCUCCUUCCCGUCCGAUUCCCCCACCCGUACCUUCGUCUCGGACGCCGCCUACCUCUCUCCCGUAGACGCCCCGGCAGUGUCCGCCAGCUCCACCCCGCCAUCUCUGUACGCUGCCGCGCGCGCAGACAUGUCGGCCUUCUCGUACCGCCUCCCCUAUCCCGCCUCUCCGGACGCGUCCUCAUUCCUCGUCCUGCGCCUCCACUUCUUCCCCUUCCUCCCCUCCAACUCCUCCCAGUCUGUCGCCAACAUCUCCUCCUCUCGCUUCGCUGUCUCCGUCCUCGAUGCCUACGCCGUGAUGUCCUCCUUCUCCCCGCCGGCCAUCGGAGGCGUCAAGGAGUUCUUCAUCCCGCGCGGCGCGUUGGGCGGCCACUUCACCAUCACGUUCGUCCCGGACGCCGGCUCAUCCGCGUUCGUCAACGCCGUCGAGCUGUUCCCGGCGCCGCCGGAGCUGCUGUGGAACAACACGGUGACGCCGGUGGACCCCGUGGGUAGCAAUGAUCUGCUCCGGUGGAAGCAGUACGCGCUGGAGACGGUGUACCGCCUCAACGUCGGCGGGCCCAAGGUGACAACUGAGAAGGACACGCUGUGGCGAACGUGGCUCUCCGACGGCCCCUACCAGUACGGCGCCCCUGGGCAGUCGGAGGUCAAGUCGACCUCCAGCCCGAUUAUCUACGACCCGUCCAAGGGAUACUCAAGGGAGGUGGCACCCGACGUCGUGUACCAGACCCAGCGCAUGGGGAAUUACCUCAGAUGGACGUUCCCGGGGGAGCCGGAUUCCCGCUACCUCGUCCGCCUCCACUUCUGCGACUAUGAAGUGGUCAGCUCUGUCGUCGGCGUUGGAAUCGUGUUCGACGUCGACGUCGGCCAAGGCGUUGCCUCUACAGACCUCAUGCCGAAUGCUCGAGCGACUCAGUCGAAUGAGGCCUUUUACAUGGACUACGUUGCCAGGGCGCCAAGUGCCGGCGCCGGGAACCUCAAGGUGAGCAUCGGAGGCGGCAUGCUGAACGGGCUGGAGAUCAUGAGGUUGCUACCCGUUGAUUUGAGAUCGAGGGACUCGCUGGUGGCAAAGAGAAUCAUUGUCAUUACGGUGUCGGCUUUGGUCGGCAUCACCGUUCUUGCUUGCGUGGUGGUCGGCUUUUUCGCCGUGCCAUACCCGAAUGACGGCGCCUCCGGCUGGGCUGAACAGUUGAUGAACCUGUCCAGAGACGGCAAGACCGUCGGGACGGAGAUGGUGAGCACGAAGCUGCACAUCUCGCUGGCCAAGAUCAAGGCCGCCACGGACAACUUCCACGACCGCAACCUCAUCGGCGUGGGCGGGUUCGGGAACGUGUACAAGGGCGUGCUCACCGACGGCACGCCCGUGGCGGUGAAGCGCGCCACGCACGCCUCGCAGCAGGGGCUGCCGGAGUUCCAGGCGGAGAUCGUGGUGCUGUCCGGCAUCCGGCACCGGCACCUGGUGUCGCUCAUCGGGUACUGCAGCGAGCAAUCGGAGAUGAUCCUGGUGUACGAGCACAUGGAGAAGGGCACGCUGCGGAGCCACCUGUACGGCUCCGACGCGCCGCCGCUGUCGUGGAGGCAGCGGCUGGAGAUCUGCAUCGGCGCGGCGAGGGGCCUGCACUACCUGCACCGGGGCUACGCCGAGAACAUCAUCCACCGCGACGUCAAGUCGACCAACAUCCUCCUCGGCACCGACAACGACGGCUGCACCGGCGGCGCGAUCGUGGCCAAGGUGGCCGACUUCGGGCUGUCGCGGGUCGGGCCGUCGUUCGGGGAGACGCACGUGAGCACGGCGGUGAAGGGCAGCUUCGGGUACCUGGACCCGGGCUACUUCAAGACGCAGCAGCUGACGGACCGCUCCGACGUCUACUCCUUCGGCGUGGUGCUGCUGGAGGUGCUCUGCGCGCGGCCGGUCAUCGACCAGAGCCUGGAGCGCGGCCAGAUCAACAUCGCCGAGUGGGCGGUGAGGAUGCGCGGGGAAGGGGGCCUCGACAAGAUCGCCGACCCGCGGAUCGCCGGCGAGGCGGACGAGGAGUCGCUGCGCAAGUUCGCCGAGACCGCCGACAAGUGCCUGGCGGACUGCUGGGUGGACCGGCCGUCCAUGGGCGACGUGCUGUGGAACCUCGAGUACUGCCUGCAGCUGCACGAGGCGGACGUCACCGGGGACGACGCAUCCGACGACAGCGGCGCCGGCGCCCCGCAGCUCCCGGAGGACGUGGUCGUGAGCUUGUUGACGGACGGCGCGGACGAGACCGGCUUGAGCGUGACCGAGCUCAGCGACAGUAAAGUUAAUCUCCCACGGUGAUUGCAGUUGGAACAAAAGUUUCAUCAAUCUAAGGAGGUCAGAUCAUAUGGUUUCGGGGAAAAUCUUUACAUACAAGUACAAUUUGAAUCAUACUGACAAAGGGGAAGAUGUAUGCCAUGAACUACUGCGGUACAUGGAGGGAUAAAUAGUCUAUUCCAGGGACUGAUGACAGAGUUUGACACACAACAUCAAUUUUCCAUGGAUAGUCAAACGAAUAUGAUUAAUCCAGGAUUCGAUCAUUAUGUAAGCCACCACAUACUUUAUAAGUAA